AUGACAUCAUCAGGUUGGAGCGUCGCAUCGCAGCACAUGGAGGGGGGUGUAAAUGUAAAACGUUGGCUUUUUAAACGCAUUAAGUAUUUUGUGGUGUACUGUUGCAGGUGGUGUGAUUUUAUCGCGUUUGUUCGUGAUCUUGAUGGACCGGUAGUGUUGUUAUUUUUAUUAAAGGAGGUUGAAAUAAUGUCAAAUAUGCAAGAAACCACUGUGGUAUUGAAAGCUCCUCAACAUAUCACAUCUUACAGACACUUCAUUUUGCCCAUAUGGGGAAAUGUUUUGCGACUUCAGAAGAGAGACUGGGUGGGCAUUCCAUCUUCAAGCAUGGCAGAGAGUGAUGUGGAAUGUUUCUCUGAGUACAUGGAACUUUGGAUCCAUAGAAUGAGAAUUGAGGGACUGAGGCUUUGGCUUUCUGGAAUAUUAAGGAUUCAAGUGGGUUUGGUGUCCAUGGAGAAUCUAAACCAUCAGCUUUCUUCAUGUGGGUUUGCCCUGCACAGGGAUCUGGAUAAGAACUAUAUCUUUAGAGUCAUGUACAGUGGAUGUUUUGUCCAGUUAGAGCAUGGCAAUUAUGUGAUUGUGCUGAACCUGCUGAAGAGAGUAAGUCGUUUCGGAGGCAGGACUCAAAAGUUUCUGAUGAAGUGUCCAGCGGUGUUAGCGCCUCCUAACAGAGAGUACAUCCAGUGUGAUUCAGACCUCAUUCAGGUUACCAGAGAGAUCCCUGUGGAUAACUGGAAUAAUGAGCUCGACUGGUCUCUGGCCUUGAGUGGGAGUCUGGUGGUGGCUUUGGAGGAUUCCAGUCUUAUUCAAGUAAAUGUUGAACUGCACAAACCAAACAUAACAGUUCAGGGGAGGAGAGACACCAUCUUAAGUCCUGUGCAGGUGUUCAAAUCGGAAGGACAUUUCUUACCUCUCAAACUGGUCAGUGGCCAUUAUGCCUACAGCAUGGAGGCGACCUGCCCAAACGUGAACCAGUCAUCGUCUGAAGACACGGUGCUGUAUGUCUAUAAACGGCGUAUGGGUUUGACCAAAAGAGGUGGAUAUCAAAAUGAGACCCUGUCAGUCAGCAGUGUGAUUGUGGAACAGACUGACACAUUCACCUGGUCAGAGACAAGUGACUUUGUGCAGCUUAUCAUUCCCACAUCCCACAUUCAACAGAAAAAGGAGUGCAUUGGUCAGGCAGGUGAGAAACUUCAGCAAAAUUUCUACAAGGUAGAUGCUGUUCUCACCUUUAAAGAGACAAAUCACAAAAUGCACUGGAUCAUGGAAAACACCUCACCUUGUUCAGAGAUGUUAAAAUCACUCCUCCAUUUAAUGUGUGAUGACCCACAAGAAGCUAAUGUGACAACGCAUUCACCCGAGGGGAUUACAGGCAAGCCAGAAGUUCCUGUUGAUUCCCACAAAGAGUUUACUCCUUCUGUGGCACCAGAGACUGUUUCUACAGCAUCACAGACAGCUGAUGAGGAAACCAGCAUAACCUUGGUACAAUCCCAACAACUCCAAACAACUGAGGCUCUUAGUACGUCAUUGAGUCUUUCAACAUAAAUAGAGAAAGCGAUACAAAAUAAUUUGUAGCUACACUUUACGGCCUAAAGCACAACAGAGAUCCCUGGAGAAGUUCAUCUGUGCAUCACUGACAGUGAGGGGCCACAGUGCAGAACAGAUGGAAAUGCAGGUACCAACCACACGUGUCAGUGAUUUUCCAAACAACACUAUUACUAUUGGUAGUGCAUUAAUCACGACAGAUGUAAUCACAGUUUGAAAUACAGCUACACAUUUAAGCGCCAUUUUCACUCAGUCUGGGAUUUACAACACAACAGUCAAGUGGACCCAUGCAUCUUUUCCGUUGACAAGCAAAGUGCCAUUGGAAUCACACGUGGGGAAUGAUUACAUCAAAGACUGUGUUGGUCAUGCCAUUUAAAUACGAGCUACUGUCUCAGAACUCCCUCAGCUGUGUGUGUCACAUCUCAGGAAUAAAUGUGGUGUCUAGCAUUAAAAAAUUGGUGUUUAUUCUCAAGUUGCACAAUAACUAGCCCUGUUGCUUCCCUGAAAAACAGAAAGUGCCUGGCAGUUUAGCAAUUGAAGCUCAAUACUUGGCUCUCUACUUUAUUUCCUUGAGCAUAAAAUAGUAUCUUUAAUACAGUUUCUAUGGUCUUCCGUAAUCUAUGAUUAUAUACGUAGAUGUAUUUAGAGCUGUAUAGAUUGUUUAUUUAUUACAUUGCUCUCUGGAAUACACUUUUCUAAUUUGUCAAUCACAACAUUCAUAUCUCUCUCUCUCUCUCUUCCUUUCGGCUUGCUCCCUUUAUCAGGGGUCGCCACAGCGGAGUGAUCCGCACAACCAAUUUGGCACAUACACUUUUCUAAUUUGUCAAUCACAACAUUCAUAUGUUGCUGCAUAUUAUUUUGAUUAUCAAAGUAGUGGAAAUGGUCUCGAAAUUGGGUCUCCAUUAACUAUCAGUUAAUAGUUAUACUAAAAACACAAAAAAUAUAUUAUUUUAAAAAAUGUACAGUAUUGAUUACUGUAUACUGCUGUAACAUAAUUACUUCACUCUUUUAAUUAGUUAAAUAUUUGGACAUUUAACAGUUAGGGCCUACAUACUGGCAUUAUUUUCAUAUCUCUUGUAUCACACUGCGGACUCACUCUCACUUGUUUCUUACAAAUGCAACUGACACCUUCUUGUGUCUCAAUUAUCGAUAUUCGUAAAAAUGACCUCAGUAAUAUUACUAUAAUAUUGUUGUAGUGUUUAGUUUGUUGCUAAUCUGAUUGUUUUGUAUUUUUUAAAUGGACUAUUUUCUAUGUAUUAUCCCUUACACAGAGUAUGUAUAUAGAUAUAUGGUUAUAUUAAAUACUGUAGGUUUAUUUCUGGGAAAAUAAAACAGAUGACAGAUGAUCUUAUGAGUGAUCUGUAAUCUGGAUUAAUACACAAAGUGUUUAUUGACUAAAACCAAGGGGGUGUUUGUGUUUUAGAUGAGCAUAAUGUGAACCACAGAUGCUUUCUUGCUGAAUCCUGCCAUGUGGCGUCAAUCUACAACAUAAGAGAGUUUUUAUUCAAGGAUGUGAUCUCUGUUGUGAUACAGUAAUUUUAGCUGUAAUUUUUAAAUGUACAUCUUGGUCUCUUUAGUUCUAGUUUACAGUAGAUGCUGACUAGCUGUCAGUGGCAGAAUGAGGAAUAGCCAGAAGAGGUCAGUGUUGUUCAAUGUUUGGCUUUUGCCGAAGAUUCCAAGGCAAUGAGCAAUGUGUCUAAAACGUACAAUUUUGAGGUCAGUGUCAGUUGUUCAAAGGCAUAUAUAUGUUUUACAUAUACAUGACUGACACUUUACGUGCUUAAUUUUUUUUAUUCAUAAGACAUAAGUACUAGGCAUUGAUGUACAUACUUAGAUUUAGUGGGAAAACAACCUCAGAUGUGAGGUUAGUUAAUUUGCCUUUACUACGCAAUUUCCCAUGCUUGAAUGAAUUCAAUUGGACUUUUGAAAGGGCAGGCCAUUUUAAUGUAACCCAGUCAAGAUAUUCUUCUAAAUUCUGAGCAUCUGGAAGAAAGACCACUGAGACUCGUAAAAUUUAUUGUGAUUACAGUCUCGAUAUUUGAGCAAACCAAAGAACACCCUUUCUCAUCCUGAUCGCGUUUGUGUCUGACAGUAUGUGUUCUAUAUUAAAUGACAAAACAAGAGCACAUUUGUAUGCGUUGGAUAUCGUGUCCUCUAGAGCUUUGCAGUCCGGCACAGUGUAAUUCUCACCCAGGGGGUCAGAAGGGGGCCAUGCCGCCAGAGUUUUCUUUGGCAUCUGUUGCAUGAACUUGUGAACAGGAAACACAAUAACAGCACAAAGUACACCAACAUCUCAAGUCUUUCAUGUGGCUGUUUUGAGCCAUUAUGUUAUUAGUGUAGGCUUAAAAAUUCCUUUCAUGUCCCCCUCCUUUUCUUUUUCAUACGAGUUGCACAUCUGUGAGAUGUUUGAAACCACACACUGGUUAAAUUUUGCAUUGCUUUCAGAGAUGUUUUUAAUUGUCAUAAUUGAUA